UUCUUGCGCAGCUACAGAGAGAGUAACAUAACCUCGCAAUUUGACCGUUGUGCCGCACGUGUGAGCUCUGCAACAUGAGCUCUAACAACGAUAUCCCCGAUAAUAAAAUGGAAAAAGACAUGGACAUCGACGUGGGGACUCUUCUCGCGUCCGAUUAUAAUACCGUGAACAUGGAGGCUCUCAAAUCGCGCCCAGAGCAGUACAUAAAGAAUCUGACAAGAGACAACGUACAAGUGUUAAUAAAUCAAAUCUGGGAAUUGCCGGUGACACGAGUGGACGAGGUUGUGGUGGCGACGUUGCCGAAGCCUGUGUACGUGUUACCAAGAUCACUAGGUAUCCCGAAGCCGAAGCCUCUCACGAAGUGGGAGCGUUUCGCGAAGGAGAAAGGAAUACAGAAGAAGAGAAAGAAAUCGAAGAAGUGGGACGAGCAAUUAAAGAAAUGGGUUCCUACGUAUGGUUAUGAACGAGCGAAGGCCCGUGAGCAACAGGAAUGGCUGGUAGAGGCCAAGGCUGAUGGUCUGGAAGAUUCAUCCAAGGCUGCCAAGGAGAGGCAAUCCAAAAACGAGUUCCAGAGGCUGCGCAACAUAGCGAGAGCGAAGAACGUAAAACUGCCGAGGGUCGGUCUGCCAACUAAAGAAAACUUCCCGAGUUCUCAGCAGCUUUCGCAAGCUCUGACCGUGGCGCGCGCAUCGACCGCGUCCGUUGGACGAUUCCAGCCCAAAUUGCCAAAAGAGAAGGAUGCGAAGGGAAUUGCCAAGGAGGUGCCGGGCUUGAAGAGGAAAAGGAGAGGCGCUCCGUUAAGCAUGGGCGAUGAGAAGCGUCAGAACAAAGAGCUGAUAGACGACGUCUUGAAGAGCAAGACGAAAAUUCUGCGCGAGGAUUACUCAGUCGGAACGACAGAGCUAAAGCAGUCCGCGAGUGGCGGUAAGAGGAAGAAAGGCGGCAAGGCAGCGAAAAGUAAAGCCGCUAGGAAACCGAAGGGAGCGAAGGGCGAGCGGAAGAAAGUCGGCGGUAGAAAACGAAGAUGAAGAGACGUUUGUGUAUAUAAGAACGUUUGUGUAUAUAAGAAUAUUGCAAAUAUUAAUUUUAGUGCAUAAUCACACACACACACACAUCCAACAAUCUUCAAUAAAAUAAAUUGCAUUGUUUUUUAAACGCUCGCUCCAUAAUUGCAGUGCCUCGCCUAAACUGUGUCUCAAAGAUAGUUCCGAUUGCCCAAAUAAAAUCUGCUUUAAACA